AUGAGUGACAAAUCGACCAAGCCGCUUCCCUUUCACUUCCAGUUCGCCGCCGGCGCGAUAGCCGGAGUAUCUGAGAUCCUGUGCAUGUACCCGCUGGAUGUGGCCAAGACCCGACUGAUGCUCCAGUACAAGUCCAUCAUCGACGUAUUCUCGCGUAUCAUCAAGGAGGAAGGGCCCACGCGCCUAUACCGCGGAAUCUUGCCCCCCAUCAUGGUCGAAGCACCCAAGCGGGCGAUCAAGUUUGCCUCCAACGACACCUACGGCACCGCCUACAUGAAGCUGUUCGGUGUUAGCGCCGGUAUUACGGAGGCGAUGAUUGUGGCUACGCCUGAGCUUGUGAAGAUCAGACUGCAGGCUAAGGAGAACGCCGGAAGGUAUACGGGCACAAUGGAUUGCGUGCGCAAGAUUUACGCGCAGGAAGGUUUGCGCGCCUUUGCCAACGGUCUGGAGGCGACUAUCUGGAGACACGCGCUGUGGAAUGGCGGGUACUUUGGCUCGAUCUUCGCCAUCAGGGAGGUUAUGCCGAAGGCGAGCAGCAAGAAGGGCGAGCUGGUGAACAACUUUAUCGCCGGUGCUAUCGGCGGCACCAUUGGAACGACGCUGAACACGCCGCCGGAUGUUGUCAAGACGCGUAUUCAGAACCACAAUGUAGCCAAUGGUCCUGCCAGGUACUCGACAUUCUUUGGUGGUGUCAAGACUAUUGCCCAGGAGGAGGGCGUGCGCGCGCUGUACAAGGGGUACCUGCCCAAGGUUCUGCGCCUGGGCCCUGGUGGCGGCAUCCUUCUGGUUGUCUACGACACGGUAACCACGUACAUGCGGAGAAACUUUAUGUAA